GUACGGUCCAAUUAAAACAGAACAUCUGCCUCGUUCACGUUUGAACCCGUGGACACGUAGAACGCGGGCGCUCGUCCGCCGGUGUCUCAGCCUAUUGUUGCCGUGGCCUCGGCCAAACGUGCAAAUAUGAAGCACAGUGUAAAUAUAGGUCCAUAGCUCACGGCUUCCUCCGUAGACUGUUGUUAGAAAAACAAUGGCAUCCUUUUAUUCACUGGGCCACGAUUGAACUAGAAGAAAAGACUUCUGCACUGCACUGAGGGAGCGCUUGUCACCGUUACAGUCGAGCGUUGGAGAAAAGAGCUUUCAGGCUUUUGUGCUUCGUCGUGUGAGAGACUCACAGGUUCACAGUCAUUUCAGGCUCCAACACUCAGUUUGUGCUCAUGAUGCCACAAGAAACAGCAGGUUUCGCUUCAGCUUGUAGUUUCCUCAGUCCUGACGUCAUCUUAUUUUUAUUUUGCAGAAAAGCACAGACUUCUGCGCCGGUGGUCUGAACAUGCUGUGGUAAACGUCCCCUGAACAGCUGAAGCCUGAGAAUGAGUCCUGAUCGGCUCCGAGUGACGCUGAGGUCGAGUCGCUGUAAAGGCCUGUUACGCAAUGAGCUGCUUUCAGAGUUCUGGGUCGACUUUGCCUCAAGCUUCUUCACAAAACGAAUGGAAGUUCAGCUUUAAUUUCACCUGUGGAGUCCGUGUUGGACGUGUUAUUCAUUCGUGGGGAGCUGGUUGAGAACCACUGGUCCCACUCAUCCUGGGGAUUCGGAACCACAGUCUGAUAGAAUACUGUUUGAUGUGGUGUGAACGCUCUACAGUCGUAUUUUAUCCAGAGGCAGAACAUAAAGCUCGAGGCGUGCACGCAUUCCCUGCGGUAACGCUUCACACCGACCCGCAGAACCCACACUGGACUCAGCGGAAGCUCCAUGUGCGGAGCCGCGGCUGCCGCGAGGCGCUCGUUGGCGCCCGUUUGCGCGCUGUUUGCGCUCGUUUGCGCCUCCUCCGCCAGGGGGCAGGAGAGAGCGGCUCCUCCGCAGAGCCGCCUCUGCCGCUGCGUAAUCAGGCAGGUCCAGGGCUGGAGCGCACGAGCCACACAGCGCUCUGCUGAUUGAUAAGGCUCCUUGGAAGCAGCGGACGGCGAGCUGCGUUGUGACGUUAUUCAGAGAGCGAAGAGACUGGAUCCAAACCAGGGGAUUUAUAAUCAGCUCAUCUUGAACGGAGCGGGACGAAGUUGGCGUCAUUUAAACUGCCUUUAUUGGAGCUUUGCGUCUCGGACAUGCCGUCAAGUCGUUUGCUGAGUAAACUGUUUGCGGACUUGCGUUGAGAAGCCGCACAACGCACGCCGAGGCGCAGAGUGGGCGGAAUAUCGAGUCCGAGUCCAAACUUCUGGCUCCCGCAGAACCUCGGUGCCGCUGCCUCUUCGGACGUGUCUGCGGGUGAGACCACGCUGUGCUCGACGCGUGCAGGCGCGCGCUGUCCCGCAGCGGGGCGAGCCGCUGUCCCCCCGCGCGCAGUGCUGACGAGACAGGGACUCGCGCGCCUCCAUAAAUGCCCGGUCCGCCGCGGAGGCUCGAGGCUGGGCAGCAACAUGAGCUCGUGGGUGCAGCUGCUGCUCGUGGUGCUGGCGGCGUGUCCGCGGUCCGCCGCGGCCGAGGGGGACCCUCUGCCUGCAGCCCUGGUGGAGCUGGUUAGAAACAGCCCCAUCUCCUCCGUCCAGGACCUGCAGCUGCUGCUGCUCUCUGAUUCCGUAGAUGAGGAGGAUGUGAAUUCUGCAGCCAGUGGAGGUCACCGGCUGCCGAGGAGCCUCAACGCCCAGCCGGCGCAGCAGGCCCUGUGUAAGGUCCGCACCGAGGUGGUGGAGGUCACCCGGGCCAUGCUGGACCGCAGCAACGCCUACUUCAUGCUGUGGCCGCCCUGCGUGGAGGUGCAGCGCUGCUCCGGCUGCUGCAACACCAAGAGCCUGCAGUGCGUCCCCGUGGCCACGCACACCCGCCACCUGCAGGUCAUGAAGAUCGAGUACAUCAACAAGCGGCCCGCUUACGCCAAGGCCGUGGUGGCGGUGGUGGACCACGUGGAGUGCCGGUGUCAGCCCGCCCCGGUGCUGAAGAAGAAGUCGGGCCGCCGGCAGCACGGCAGCCACCAGCACCGGAACCAGACGCUGGGCCAGGCACACGAGCAGCGGCAGGUCAAGGUCCACUCCAAGGACGAGCUGCAUCAGUGGGACGAGCUGAAGCAGAACCAGAGGUCCGGCCUGGAGGACCUGCUGGAUCAGCACUGGAGCUCCAGAGGAGACACCUUCCCGGCCGCUGAGGGGUACAGCGUGCCGGGGGAGGACCCCACCCAGCUGGAGGAGGCCCUGCUCCUCGCUCCACACUGGGCGCAGACCUCGACCCGGCUCCCGGAGCCUGAGGGUCCAGAGGAGGUGGAGGAGAACGGAGGGGACGGCACCGGAACCACGUGGUCGGACAGAGACUCUGUGGACGAAGGACACGAGUUCCGGCCCAACAGCAGCC